AUGUCGCACACCGUCGAUAUCCCCCAGGAGCUCAAGGAUGCCCUGCGCAAGUUCCGCUUCGCACGCCGCAACGCGGGGAGCGCGGCCAUGAUCGUGCGCGUCAACAAGCAGAAGCUCAUCCUCGAAGAGGUCGAGCAGUAUGACAGCAUUUCCAUUGAGGAUCUAGCCGAAGAGCUGCCGGAGAACAACCCGCGCUACGUCGUCUUGUCAUAUGAACUGCACCACUCUGACGGUCGCAAGUCCUUCCCGCUCGUGCUGCUCAACUGGGUUCCACCAACGGCCGAGAUCAGUCUGACGACGCUUCACGCCUCGGCGUUCAUCGACUUCCAGAACACCGCCGAUGUCAGCAAGGUCAUUGACGUGCGAGACGGUGCGGAUGGAUUGACGAAGGAGAUCAUCGACUCCAAGCUGCUGGCCUAA